UCCAGUCUUUAUUCUUAAUGAGUGCAAUUAGGAUUUACUUAUAAGAAAAUACUUUUUUUGGUGACUUUUAAUUUAUAUUCAUACAUCACAUGCAAAAUUUCUAAUUUGUAAGCCUGGUUUCUGUAAUAGCAUCACUAGAGGCACAGUUUUGUUCAAGAUUAUUUGAUCUAUACUAUACUAAGUUACGAACUUUGGAGUCAGAAUCUUGGAGCAUCUUAAAGCUCAAGGUUUUAAAAACAUCAGGAUCUGCUUGAACCCUCCGGUUUGCCAAAGGCCUCACCACUCCAUAUUGUUUCCCUCCAGCUCCCUUAGACAUUCCUUGCCUAGCCUCUGAAAGCAUUCGACUUUGCCACUCUAGGUUUUAUUUCAACUCCCUCAUUCUACAGUUGAGAAAAGAGAGGAAACAGACUGCAAAGAGAGGAAACGACGUGCCUGGGGAAGCCACUCUGGAAAACAGAACACAAUUUCCUGCUCUCUCCCUACACUGCCCUCCCUUUUAGAUACAUACCUUGUACUAUGGCCAAAAUCAACAUUCACUACCAAAGAGAAAUGGAGAAUCUGCGAUUCCCCUAGCGCUUUAGAAAGGAGAGUCCUUUGGGCAUGGCAACAAUUUCUUGUCUGUUAUGCGCGUCCAUGUAGGUAGAAAGUUCACCCAAAUUCAAUCCCCAGUGUGGCCCACCUCGAACUAACUACAGAUAGCGGGGAACCCGAAGAUGCAGUCCAGAUCAGGAACCUCCUCUUCUAGCUCACGUUUCUACCCGAGUCCGCAGAGGUCGGACCGGAAGUGGCGUACAGCCGCAGGGCGGAGGGAACUACCAAUACCGCCGAGAAAGGUGCAGCCUUUAGAAAGUUUACCCCCUAGUUGUGCUUCCGCCCGGUUGCCGUGGCCGACGCAGGGGUGCAUAUCCGAAGGCUUCCCGGCUCCGGGCAGGCAGUGAGAUGCCGGGCGGAGGCCGCUGCCCCGACUGCGGCUCCGCGGAGCUCGUGGAAGACUCGCACUAUUCGCAGAGCCAGCUGGUGUGCUCCGACUGCGGCUGCGUGGUCACUGAGGGCGUGCUGACGACCACCUACAGCGACGAGGGCAACCUCCGAGAAGUCACAUAUUCCCGAAGCACAGGGGAAAAUGAACAAGUGAGUCGCAGCCAGCAACGAGGUCUCCGCCGAGUGAGAGACCUCUGUCGAGUUCUGCAGUUGCCACCAACGUUUGAGGACACAGCAGUUGCCUACUACCAACAGGCAUACCGGCACUCUGGCAUCCGUGCUGCCAGGCUGCAGAAGAAGGAGGUAUUGGUCGGGUGCUGUGUUUUAAUCACCUGCCGGCAGCAUAACUGGCCGCUAACCAUGGGCACCAUCUGCACCCUACUGUAUGCAGACUUGGAUGCAUUUUCUGGCACCUACAUGCAGAUAGUGAAGCUUCUGGGGCUGGACGUGCCGUCUCUGUGCUUGGCAGACCUGGUGAAGACCUACUGUAGCAGCUUCAAACUGUUCCAAGCCUCCCCGUCUGUGCCAGCCAAAUAUGUGGAAGACAAAGAGAAGAUGCUGUCGCGCACGUUGCAGUUGGUGGAGCUGGCAGAUGAGACGUGGCUGGUGACUGGGCGGCAUCCCUUGCCUGUCAUCACAGCUGCUACUUUCCUGGCUUGGCAGUCGCUGCGGCCUUCAGAUCGUCUGACGUGUUCCCUUGCCCGAUUUUGUAAAUUGGCAAAUGUGGACCUGCCCUACCCUGCUUCCUCCCGCCUGCAGGAGCUGCUGGCUGUGCUGCUGCGGAUGGCUGAGCAGCUGGCCUGGCUGCAGGUUCUGAAACUUAACAAACGGUCUGUGGUGAAGCACAUCAGUGACCUUCUGCAGCACCGCCGCACGUUGGUCCGCAAGGCCUUUCGAGACGGCACAGCAGAGAUGGAGGCCCAGGAGGAGGAGCGGCAGGGGCAGGGGCAGGGACAGGGGCGGGGAAAAGAGGAAGGGGGCAGUAGUUCCUUAGAUUUGUCUGAGGGGAAGCGAGGAGCUAGUCCUGCCCUUCUCCUCCCGCCCUGCAUGUUGAAGCCCCCGAAGCGGAUCCGUCCCACACCCUCUGUCUCCACGGUCACCGGAGAUGAGAACAUUUCUGAUAGUGAAAUAGAGCAGUAUUUGCGUACCCCUCAGGAAGUUAGGGACUUUCUAAAAGCCCAAGCUGCUAGACAGGCUGCCGUGAGUGUUCCCAACCCUCCCUGAUGCACAUCCGGGGGCCACUUCACGCCAUUCUGACAGCAGCUUGACAAUAGGCCUGUCAUAUCCAGAGAAAUGAGUGCGUACAAGUCCUUAGGUAUUGUUUGUCUUGUUUAAAGGAACCAAGAGGGGCUCUGCAGUUCAUUGGGUUCAGGUCCUGGAGCAGAAGUCAGAAGGAAUGCAGGGAGGCCUAGGUUGGAGGGAGUCCCAGCCCUUGGUGCCAGAGAGUGGGUUGCAUAUACUCAUAUUCUGUGGGAUGGCUUUCCUCUUAGACUGCUGGGAGAGUGUCAGGGUCGCUCCUGCUCCUGGUUUGAAUUGGAUACACUGCUGCUGCAGGCCUGGUGGGGCUUCCCUGCUGGUGUGGAGCAGCUGGCAUUUCCAACAGUAUCAGCCCUCAGAGGACAGGACCUGGGCAACUCUCGGCCCUGUGUCCAUUCACAGGUGUUGGUGGGUUCAUGUGUAUGGUGUCAUGAGAUCUCCUUCAUAACAAAAGGACCGUGGGUGGACUAAGGUUAUAGCUCAAAGGGCUUUGCAAAAUUUUAAUAUAUUAAAACAAGAGGCAUCUGCUAGAAAACAUUCUAUUGUAUAAAACCCGAGCUUUUAAAAACAUGUUUUCUUUGGCACUUUUCAUCCCCCCCCCCCUUUCCCCAGCGUAUUGCAAAAAGCUCUCCAGUGCUAAGGCAUUGGCAGGGUAUGUAAACAGCAGCCAGCAUAUGUGGAAGAAUAAUACAAAGCUUUUUUUUUU